CAGACCGACCGGGAACUACACGAUCAUGGGGAUAAGGAUCCUCUCAGUGGAUAUCUUCUAUAUAAGAUCUUUCUCCAGAUUGACACCUCAUGGAUGGAUAGGGAUAAGGACAAGAUGGCGGAGAGUAUAAUAAAUCUCACCCUAGAGAUCCUCUUCUGGCUUACUGGAGAGGACUGCACAGUAGUGAAGAAGACCUCUAGUGAGCGCUGUCAGGUCCCUGUGUCUGAAGGAUGGGGAAGAACCCUGAGCCCAAUCAUAGGGCCUCCACCUCAACCCCUGAUACAUGAAGAAAUCAAUAGGGAAAAGAUCCUAGAACUCACCAACAAGAUGAUUGAGCUGCUGACUGGAGAGGUUCCUAUAAGGUGUCAGGAUGUCACCGUCUAUUUCUCCAUGGAAGAGUGGGAGUAUUUAGAAGGACACAAAGAUCUGUACAAGGACGUCAUGAUGGAGGAUUACUGGUCCCUCACUUCACCAGUUAAGGACGAGAGAAGAACACCAGAGAGAUGUCCCAGUCCUCUUCUUCCACAGGCAUAUGUGAGGGGUGAGGAGCAGAGUACAGAGGACAUUCCUACAGAUCACUGCCCAGAUGACUGUGCCAGGAGCUCAGAGGGACCCCUGAUAGUAUCAGAUUUCAAAGCAGAUGAUUAUGGUAUCACACAAGAUACAUAUGAAGAGCAUGCCAGUAUUCCAGAUAUACCUUCAACCCUAACCAGCAAACAUAUAGCCUCUGAUCCUUUUCAGUGGGUCCUAUCUGUUGAUUUAUCACAGGCUGUUAAACAAAACAUAGAAUACAAAACGAAUAAACAUCAUAAAGCUCACACAUGUUCAGAAUGUGGAAAAAGUUUUAAAAAGAAAUCCGUUUUUGUUAAACAUGAGAGAAGUCACACAGGAGAGAAGCCAUAUUCAUGUUCAGAAUGUGGAAAAAGUUUUACAGAUAAAUCAAAUCUUGCUACACAUCAAAGAACUCACACAGGGGAGAAGCCAUAUUCAUGUUCAGUUUGCGGAAAACAUUAUAGUGCCAAAUCAGCUCUUGUUGUACAUCAAAGAAUUCACACAGGGGAAAAGCCAUAUUCAUGUUCAGAAUGUGGGGAAUGUUAUAGCAUUAAAUCAGGUCUUGUUAGACAUCAGAGACUUAUUCACACAGGGGAGAAGCCAUUUCCAUGUUCAGAAUGUGGCAAAUGUUUUGCUUUCAAAAAAUAUCUUGUCAUACAUCAGAGAAGUCACACAGGUGAGAAGCCAUUUUCAUGCUCCGAAUGUGAAAAAUGUUUUAACAAUAAAUCAGAUCUUGUUAACCAUAGGAGAACUCACACAGGAGAGAAGCCAUUUUCAUGUUCAGAAUGUGGGAAAUGUUUUUCUUUCAAGAACUCUCUUGUUAAACAUAAAAAAACUCACACAGGGGAGAAACCAUUUUCAUGUUCAGAAUGUGGGAAAUGUUACAGCAUUAAAUCACAUCUUGUUAGACAUCAAAGAACUCACACAGGAGAGAAGCCAUUUUUAUGUUCAGAAUGUGGCAAAUGUUUUAAACAGAAAUCAGAUCUGGUUAAACAUCAGCGAACUCACACAGGGGAGAAGCCUUAUUCAUGUGCAGAAUGUGGAAAAUGUUUCAAUGAUAGAUCAGUUCUUGUUGAGCAUAGGAGAAUUCACACAGGAGAGAGGCCAUAUUCAUGUCCAGAAUGUGGGAAGUGUUUUCCCUUUAAAAAAUCUCUUGUUACACAUGAAAGAACUCACACAGGGGAGACACCAUUUUUAUGUUCAGAAUGUGGAAAAUGUUUUAAACAGAAAUCAGAUCUUGUUAAACAUCAGAGAAUUCACACAGGGGAGAAGCCUUAUUCAUGUUCAGAAUGUGGAAAAUGUUUUACGUUUAAAGCAUCUGUUGUUAUACAUCAAAAAACUCACGCAGGGGAGAAACCAAUUUUAUGUUCAGAAUGUGGGGAAUGUUGUAACACCAAAUCAGAGCUUCUUCUACAUCAACGAUCUCAUGCAGGAGAGAAGCCAUUUUCAUGUUCAGAAUGCGGCAAAUGUUGUAACACCAAGUCAGAGCUUGUUAUACAUCAGAGAACUCACACAGGGGAGAAGCCGUUUUCAUGUUCAGAAUGUGGAAAAUGUUUUACACAGAAAUCAGAUCUUGUUAAACAUCAAAGAAUUCACACAGGGGAGAGACCAUAUUCAUGUUCAGGAUGUGGAAAACGCUUUACCGAUAAAUCAAAUCUUGCUAGACAUGAGAGAAAUCACACAGGGGAGAAGCCAUUUUCAUGCCCAGAAUGUGAGAAAUCCUUUAUUCAGAAAUCAAAUCUUGUUUACCAUCAGAAAUACUCACACAAGGACAAAAACAGAAUUAUGUUCUAAAUGUAGCACUUCUUUGCACACAAAACUUAUCAUCUUAAAGUUUUUUUUUCUCUGGGAUUUUACUAUUGAUGACCUAUCCUCAGGAUAGGUCAUCAGUAUCUGAUCAGUGGAGGCCCACAACCUGGGGCCCCUGCUGAUCAGCUGUUUGAGAAGUCACCAGCGCUCCUGUAAGUGCCAUGGCCUUCUCCAUGCUCGCCAAGCACAGAGCCGUACGUUGUAUAGCGGCUGUGCUUGGUAUGGCGCUUAUUCACUUACCAAGCACAGCCACUAUACAAUGUACAGAGGUGUGCUUGGUGAGUAUGGAGAAUGGAGAAGGCCAUGGUGCUCACAGGGGCUAUAAACACAUUUGGAGCAUUUUUCUAUUAUUGCAUUCUACUCAUUGUGGGCUAAAAACCUUUUUUUUAAUUGGUCUUUAUUAAAAACUUCCUGCUAUUUUGCAGGUACAGCUGCCAGCUUCUGUGCAUUUGCUCUUUAUUUAGGGGAUCAUGUGAAGCCCUUAUCUCUCAACUCCUAACAGCUCAUAAACACCCAUUUAUUCCAUAGUCUUCUCAAUUUCAUAAGAAUUGAGCUAUAAUGAGUGUUUAUGAGUUUCAGAGAUAAGGGAUUUUUUUUUAGCUCAAAAUAAGAAGAAUGCAAUAAUAAUAAUGAUAAAACAUGCCCCCAAAGGUGUCCUUAGUCUUUAAAUAGUAAAUAUCUCACACGGGUAAGUAGAUUUUUUUAAAAACUAAUUUUGAUAAAUAGUACAAGGAAACAAUACAACAGUUACCGACAAAGUAAAGUCAAAUGUCAUACGAGAGAAAAAGAAAGCAAUUUUCAGCAUGAAUGAUAAUUAAGGGAUGUAUGCAAGUACCAGUAAAUAUUUGUUAUCCCAGGAGGAGACAGAAUACAGAUAACACCUAUAUAUAAACCAUGUGAAUAGACUAUUUCACAUUAAUUUAUUUACCUUCUUCUUCGAACUUUUGUUUUGUAAUCAUUAAUA